UACUACCAGAAUAGUUUCCAGCUCCGUUGUAGGAAACCUCAAUAAAAAUGUCUAAGCUCUUUAUCGGCGGCCUUGCCUGGCACACCACUGACGAUACCCUCCGUGAGGGAUUCUCGCAAUAUGGAACAAUCGAAGAAGCCAUUGUCGUCAAGGACCAUGACACCCACCGCAGCCGUGGAUUCGGAUUCGUCCGCUUCGCCUCUGAUGCUGAGGCCGACGCUGCCAUGAACGCCAUGAACAACCAGGAAUUCGACGGCCGUGUCAUCCGUGUCGACAAAGCCUCGGAGUCGAGACCGCGCAUGGGUGGUGGUGGUGGUGGUUUCCACGGACGCGGUGGCUACAACCGCUGGCGUUCCCAGCAGCAGGAGCCUGAGGCUGCAGAGUAAGCUGCGCAAGCUAUUAUAGCAUUGCCGAUGGCUUACUACGGACCGGUCUCUUGUCCUAUUCUUCAUUUCUUUUCACGAUUUUUUCCCUCUUUCUCGCAUGUCAGCUGCUGUUAGUCCCUUCGGACAUAAAGUUUGGGAUAAAACCCCGGGCGCAUGCUACCCAGCUUUUAUGAUGGUGACUUACGACGAAACGACCCCUAUCUCUUGUUUCUUUCCGUUAUUGUUUUCCCCUCUCACGCCAGUUCAUUGCGAUAA